AAACGUAAGGAAGAAGGGAAAUUAGAAGAAGAAGAAAAAAAGAUCGAUAUUCGAUAACCCUUUGCCCUAUAAUCCAUUUUAGGGGGGAAAACAAUAUAUAUGGCGAUAAUCAGGUUAUUAUUAUCACUGUCCGUUACCUUUCCUCUGAUCAUCACCGCCGUGGACGCGGUGGGCGACGACAACUACCACACGAAAUGCUUCGACGGGAACGGCGGAGGCGCGGCGGCCGUGCGAUUGAUGCAAUCUCUCAGCCAAGACCUGGUGGAUAAGGUGCCGGGCAAGGACCCACGGCUCUACUGCAACGUGCAGACGACGGGGAGCGGGCUGCAGAUGUACGGGUACGCCUACUGCAUGACGGACAGCCUGAGCGGGAACGUCGACCCAGCGACGGCGUGCACCGGCUGCCUGACCUCCGCCCGGAACCUGUUGAUCGACGGCUGUCAGGAAACCGGGUCGGGUCAGGUGAUCGGCGAACACGAUCAUUGUUAUAUCUGGAUCGGGUUUGGCGGAUGUCCCGACAACGAUUAGAGGAUUCAAGCAUGUCAUCUUUUACGUUAAUGGUCAGUAUGUAAUAAAAGGUGAGAAUUUGGGGAAUGGAUAAUGUUUGAGUAACCAUGAGUAACCCGUCCACAUCAGAUAUCAGUAUCCUCUCUCUCCUGAAAAACCUUUAAUUUUCCUCUCUUUAAUCUUUGACGAACGAUUUCUCACUCAUUUUAAGUCGAAAUUUAAUUUUUUUUUGCACACUUAGAUCAAAUUAAUUGUGCUCUUCAAAAUGAUAUCCACUUUAAUAUAUUUUUCGAACAAAAAAAAUUGAGCCAUUUUUUACCAGUCUAUGCCAUAUGGUAUUGACUGGUAUUGAAAUAAAAACAUGUCUAUGGUUUGAAAAACGUACCAUGGUGGUAUGAACAAACCAAGACUGUAGGAUGGUUGAAUACAUGAUAGUAGAAGUAUAUUAAUUGUCAUUUACGAAUUUUAACAUUGUAUACCACACAAUACCACCCCGUACCAGGGUGGUAUUGUAUGGUAUUGUGUGGUAUUUUUUGGUCCUGUAAUUUGUUCACCCAAAAAUUUGUAGAUCUAAUAGAUCAUGAUGAACUCGUCCCUUCUGUGCAAACGUUUUCAAAAACGAAUUAAAACGAAGAAGAUACCAUACAAUACCACCCCGUACCCCGUACCAGGGUGGUAUUGUAUGGUAUUGUGUGGUAUUUUUUGGUCCUGUAAUUUGUUCACCCAGAAAUUUGUAGAUCCAAUAGAUCAUGAUGAACUCGUCCCUUCUGUGCAACCUUUUUCAAAAACGAAUUAAAAACGAAGAAGAUACCAUAUGGUAUGCAGUUGGUACCGAGAGGCCGGAAUUUUUUUUUUCUCAAAAAAUAUUGAAAAUUGAUCUCAUUUUGUAGAGCACGAUGAACUCGUUCCAUCUGUGCAAAAGAAAAAUUAAAAUCCGAGUUAAAACGAAAAAGAUAUGAGUCAAUUAAGAAAGCUAGAAAAAAUAAAAAUGGUCUUUAAUUAUCCUUCCUUAGGUCUGAAUUUUCUAAAUAAAAGGUCCAGAUUUGGUUAUUGAUUGUGCACCCUAUCUUGAGCCGAGAAUUUGCGACCAGCGAGACGGUGGUUUAACAUAAAAGUACUAAAGUUGUCGUUAAAAAAAUACCUACUCGAGAACGAAGAGAAGACAAGACAAGACAAGGAAAGCAAGGGUGAAGUGAGGUGCUUCCGUUCGGAUCGUCAUUCACUAGUGAAAGAGUGAGUCUAUUUGAGAUACGAAUAAAUGGUGAUAAUCAUC